GCGGAGCGGCAGGAGGGCAGGAGCGGUGGCGCCGAGCGAGGCGCGCGGCGGGGCGCGGGCAGCGGCGGGGCCGGAGCAACAUGGCGCCGGGGGGCGGGGGCGGGCGGCGGGACGGCUGGCCGGCCCGAGGGCGCCUCCUCCUGGCCGCGCUGCUGCUGCUGCUGUGGACGCGGGCGGCCAGCGGCCAGAGCAGCCCCCAGCAGAGCGUGAUCCUGGGCAUGAGGCUGGCGAGCUGCAACAAGUCGUGCGGGAUGAACCCGGAUGGCAUCAUCUUCGUGUCCGAGGGCAGCACGGUGAACCUGAGGCUCUACGGCCACAGCCUGGGCGAGGUCUCCAGCAACCUGAUCUCCUUCACCGAGGUGGACAACACCGAGACGGUCCACAACUCCACCAACUGCCUGGAGCUCACCAAGGACCUAGUGGUCCAGCGGCUGGUCAACGUGAGCCGCGGGAACACGUCGGGGAUGCUAGUGGUGCUCACCAAGUUCCUGCGGAGGACCGAGAACAUGAAGCUGUAUGCGCUGUGCACCCGGACCCGGGUCGGCGGGCCCUGGCUCAGAUGGACGGACAAGGACUCCCUGCUGUUCAUGGUGGAGGAGAGCGAGCGGUUUCUGCCGCUCUGGCUGCACAUCCUUCUCGUGUUGGUGCUGUUGGUGCUGUCGGGCAUAUUUUCUGGCCUCAACCUGGGGCUCAUGGCCCUGGACCCGAUGGAGCUGCGCAUCGUGCAGAACUGUGGUACUCAGAAGGAGAAAAGGUACGCCCGCAAGAUAGAGCCCAUCCGGCGCAAGGGCAACUACCUGCUCUGCUCGCUUCUCCUGGGGAAUGUGCUGGUCAACACCUCCCUCACCAUCCUUCUGGACAACCUCAUCGGGUCUGGCAUCAUGGCAGUGGCCUCCUCCACCAUUGGCAUUGUCAUCUUCGGGGAGAUCUUACCUCAAGCCCUGUGCUCCCGACACGGGCUGGCUGUGGGUGCCAACACUAUUGUCCUCACCAAAUUCUUUAUGCUGCUCACCUUCCCUCUGAGUUACCCCAUUAGCAAACUCCUGGACUUUGCCUUGGGUCAGGAGAUUCGUACUGUUUACAACCGGGAGAAGCUGAUGGAGAUGUUGAAGGUGACAGAGCCCUAUAACGACCUGGUGAAGGAGGAGUUAAAUAUGAUCCAGGGUGCCCUGGAGCUAAGGACCAAAACUGUGGAGGAUAUCAUGACCCAGCUGCACGACUGCUUCAUGAUCCGUAGUGAUGCCAUUUUGGACUUCAACACCAUGUCAGAGAUAAUGGAGAGUGGCUAUACCCGCAUUCCCGUGUUUGAAGACGAGCAGUCCAAUAUCGUAGACAUCCUUUAUGUCAAAGACUUGGCUUUCGUGGACCCCGAUGACUGCACCCCGCUCAAGACCAUCACUCGCUUCUACAACCACCCGGUACAUUUUGUUUUCCAUGACACCAAGCUGGAUGCCAUGCUGGAGGAAUUCAAGAAGGGGAAGUCCCACCUGGCCAUUGUGCAGAAGGUGAACAAUGAGGGUGAGGGUGACCCCUUCUACGAGGUACUGGGCCUGGUCACCCUGGAGGACGUCAUCGAGGAGAUCAUCAAGUCUGAGAUCUUGGACGAGUCGGACAUGUACACUGACAAUCGAACCCGGAAACGGGUAUCUAUGAAGAACAAGCGUGACUUCUCUGCCUUCAAGGACACUGACAAUGAACUCAAAGUGAAGAUCUCACCUCAGCUGCUUCUGGCUGCUCAUCGCUUCCUGGCCACAGAGGUGUCCCAGUUUAGCCCCCCUCUGAUAUCAGAGAAGAUCCUGCUUCGGCUGCUCAAAUACCCAGAUGUCAUCCAGGAGCUCAAGUUUGAUGAGCACAACAAGUACCAUGUCCACCAUUACCUGUACAACCGGAACAAGCCGGCAGACUACUUCGUCCUCAUCCUGCAGGGGAAGGUGGAAGUCGAAGCAGGAAAGGAGAACAUGAAAUUUGAGACGGGUGCCUUCUCGUACUAUGGGACCAUGGCUCUGACCUCGGUAUCCUCCGAGCGGUCCCCAGCCCACCCGACGCCGCUCAGCCGGUCGGCCUCCCUCAGUUACCCAGACCGCAACACAGAAACGGUACCCUCCUCAUCCCUGGGAGGCAGCAGCCAGUUUGGCAGCUGCAUCAUGGGCCAGUAUGUCUGUGACUUCAGCGUCCGGGCACUCACAGACCUGCAGUACAUUAAGAUCACAAGACAGCAGUACCAGAAUGGGCUGCUGGCCUCCCGCAUGGACAACAGCCCUCAGCUCACCUUGGACGGCUGUGCCACUUGCUCAGAGAACUUUACGGAGAAGUCUGAGCUGCCUGUGGUGGACGAGACCACGACUCUCCUCAAUGAACGCAACUCCUUGCUGCACAGAGCCUCGCAGGAGGGUGCCAUCUGACAGGAGGGCCCGGGGACUCCCGCCCACCCUGCGGGGGUCUCCCCAGUGGGCCCACAUGAAGUCAGGGAGCCUGAUAGGCUAGAAGGGGUGCAGGUAGAUGUCCUGCAUGACUGAGCGACCAGACACCCCUGCUGAGGGGACCUGGCUGCAGAUGGGGACCUCGCUCUGACAUGAUGCCUGCCCAGCCCAGCUAGUAAGCAAAGGCUGGGCUUUUUUUUUUUUUUUUUUUUUUUUUUAACACUGAGAGAAUUUUUAAGCUAGGCUCAUUGCUCCUCUUUUUAAAUAUCAUUUGGGAAGGGAAGACAGGGUUAAGGAACUUUACGUAAAAAAAAAAAAAAAAAAAAAAAAUUCUUUUAAAGAAACUCCACAAACUUUAAAAGAGGAGGAGGGGCCCUCCCCCCAGGAAGCAAUAGCCAUAACGAAGACCUUGCAGCCUGUGUCUGUCACUCUCGGAGCCAUUCCUGUGCAGCAGUGGAGGCCUGAAGCCCACAGGAGGGGACUCCUGGGAGGAAGAGGUUCUACCUGGGAUGCAGUGAUCCAGAUGAUAAUGACAUCAACUGCUUGGACACACGCACUGAGGUGCCAAGUAACUGAUCAGGGACACAGUGGCCCUGCUGACAUCACAGAGGAACACAUCUGCUCUUGUCAACUACCGGAUCCGGUGAUCUUCUCCGACUCUGCCCACAGGCUCUCCUGGUGAGUCAGGACUCUGAUGAGGCCCAUGCCCUGCCUCCCAUCAACCCCUCUGGACAAUUUUCUCCUGUAAGGGUCUGGCUCUAAGAGUUAGGCAUGGUCUUUGGGUCUACAUUGGCUUAUCUGCUUCCUAGCCAUGCCCUCAGUUUUACCAAAGGCUUCCUCAAAGGGGAGGGCACCUCCUUUGGAGGUGACUUGUUGGGCACUCCUUUUGUUUCCAAGCUAAAUCUGGCCACGGAUCUGUGUGUAGUUCUACUGCCCACCCAUACCUGCAAGAAGAGGCAGGCGCAGCUCAGGAAGACUCUUCCCUGGCUCCCAUUCUUAUCUCUGUACCCGUCACUCUUGGGACUAGGCACAGGACUUGUUGGGAGCCACCCAGGCUGGUUCUUUAUGCCCUUGCCUGUGUAGCUGGCCGAGGCUUGCCUGACCUUAUUUCACACUUAAGAGGGCCCAGGAAAGUGGGAUUCCACCUGUUGGCAUGCAGUGGAUAGCCCUGUUCCCUCCACUGGAGGCUUACGCUAGUGAAAGGGCAAUGAUGAGCUUGGGCUGAACUGUUGGUGCUGCUGAGUGACACACACCCUGUGAAGCCCUACCCCAGCACCACUCUGGGAGACCCGAGUGGAGUCAGGCCGUGGGACAGAGCGGGGCAGACUGUAGGACCAAGGGUCACAUCUGCUCUUUUGUUGGAAAGAGUAGGAGCUGGGGUAGAAGAUCCAGGCAAGCGCGGCCACAGGCCUUGUAUGUAAUGUUUAUUCACUCCUUUCCUCAGCUCGUGGAGGCCUGUCACUCUAGGUACUCUGUCUCUACGUACCCAGAGAUCCCUAACUCCUAGGACCAGGGUGUCCUAUACCCCAGCUAGUCUGAGGUCUCUUCCGCUCGCAGAAGGUAGUUUCAGCUAUAAGGGAAAAAGACACCAUACCUCUAGUCCUUAAAAACCCUUAGUCUUGUGUAGGUACAGCGUGCUCCUGAGUCCCUAGGAGGUACGCAGCUGUGUUCCUGAGAGACCAGAUGCCGGGCACGCAACACCACGUGGUGGGUGUGAGGCAGAAGUAGCAGGUGUACACGCCUCCUCAGCUACCUCUCUGCAUGCAGUCACCACCACCGACAGGCAGUCCACCCUUCCCCGCAACUCCCCUCCUCAUUUAGAAUCACUCCUUACAGAGGGUCAUAAUUAUCUUCAAACAUUACUGGUCUGAUGACUUUCUCCUCCCAGUGCAAUGUUUCACUUCCUCUUCCAACCUCUGGUUCCUGGGCUGAGCCUGACCCUGGAACUGGCCCAGUCUGCGUGUCUUCCCGGGAAGGGAGACUUCGCAGACGGCAUCCAAGUGGGUAGGCAAGUCACAGCCACCGUAGCAAGUGACUCCUAUUUAUUUUGCAUUAAGAUUUUAAUUUGUAUAUUUUUGUGAUUUAUUUUGGCAUUGUUAUGAGUUUGACUCUCGGGGAGUUUUGUUGUUAUGACUCUUGUGUCUUUUGUCACAAAACAAUGAUAAUAUUUGCUAAACAAUAUAUGGAAUUUAUUUUUGAUUGGUAAUAAAAAAUGAAAUGCAUAUAA